AUGUCCUCUGAAAAAUCGCAACUGUCACCAUGGUUUGCUCCUACUGGACAUAACACGGAGUUGAAUGUUUUUAACACCAUCACCCAUUCCAAGGUCCCUUUUAAGACCAAUGGAUCUAUGGUCACUUGGUAUUGCUGUGGUCCAACCGUAUACGAUGCUAGUCAUAUGGGGCAUGCCCGUAAUUAUGUGACCACCGACAUUUUGCGAAGAAUUUUACAGUCUUAUUUUGGUUACAACGUUACUUUUGUUCAAAAUGUAACUGAUAUUGAUGACAAAAUCAUUCUUCGGGCCCGUCAUCAAUAUCUUUUUGAGCAAUACAAAAAGCAAAACGAGCACAACUAUGCUUCCUCAGAUGUUAAAGCUAAAGUUGCAGACGCAUGGCUAACUUAUGCAAAGAAGAAUCUCCCCGAGCCUCCUCUAUCCAUGGAAGAAUGGCCUAAAUGGUUGGCUGCAAACGAUGUUACCACUUUGGCACUUACAGCUCCCAAGGUUCCCCUUUAUAUUGACUCUCUCAAUCAAGGUGUAGAGGCAAUCAAACUUGCUGAGGAAGCAAAUCUCGAAAAUGGGGAAUAUUUUUGGUCUAAGGUUCAAGAGGUGCUUGUCCCUGUCCUUGACUCUGAGCUUGGAAGUACCGUUACGGAUCCUGCUAUUUUCCGUAAACUAUCCGCUUACUGGGAAAAUGAUUAUAACCAAGAUAUGCGUGCUUUGAACGUGUUACCACCUACCACAGUUACUCGCGUUUCAGAGUUUGUCCCUGAAAUUGUUGAAUAUGUUCAAAAAAUUAUCGACCGUGGUUAUGCUUAUCCUGUUACUGAUGGGAGUGUUUAUUUCGACACUGAAGCCUUCUCUAAAGCUGGUCACUUUUAUGCAAAGCUUGAGCCUUGGAACAAGGGAAACCGUGAGUUAAUUGCUGAGGGUGAAGGCUCUCUUGCUGCUUUAACCGGUAAGAAGCGUCCAGGUGAUUUUGCCCUUUGGAAGUCUAGUAAACCGGGUGAGCCUUCUUGGGAUAGUCCUUGGUCGAAAGGCCGUCCAGGCUGGCAUAUCGAGUGCUCUGUAAUGGCUAGUGCAGUGCUAGGUUCCAACGUGGAUAUCCAUUCCGGUGGUGUCGAUUUAGCUUUUCCGCACCAUGAUAAUGAAUUAGCCCAAAGUGAAGCAUACCAUGAUUGCCCUCAAUGGAUUAACUACUUUUUGCACACUGGCCAUCUUCACAUUGAAGGCCAAAAGAUGUCGAAAUCGCUUAAGAACUUUAUUACUAUCAAGGAAAUCCUCAAGAAAUUCACACCUAGACAACUUCGACUUAGCUUUUUGUUGCAACAAUGGAACUCUCAACUUGAUUUUAAGGAUGCUCUUUUGGCUCAUGUGUUGAAUGUAGAACAAACCUUUGAAAACUUCUUCCAAACCGUCAGAGCUUUGAAUAUUGAAGCUCAAGGUGUUAGCCAACAAGGAGGUCACGUUAGAGAAAAAUAUGGAGAACUCGAAAUGCAACUCUUGAACGAUUUGCAAACCGCUCAGCGCAAUGCUCAUUCUGCUUUGUGUGAUAACUUUAAUACUCCUUUGGUUAUGUUCCAUAUUGAUAGUUUAGUUGGAAAAUCUAACAUCUAUAUCCGAGAGGUUGGGCAAAAGCCCUGCACUCGCUUACUUACCGAAGUUGCCAUGUGGAUUACCAAAAUACUGCAAAUCUUCGGUUUGGAUGAUGAAGGCCAUCCCAAUGCCAUCGGAUGGUCCUCCAAAUCCUCUGCUUCUGCUUCCGGUUCCAACGAUACUAUGCCAUAUCUACGAGCAGUUUCUACUUUCCGUGAUCGAAUUCGCGAACUUUCCAUAGCCAAGGCUCCUAUUCAAGAGAUUUUACAAGCUUGCGAUGUCUUUAGAGACUAUGACAUGGCUGAGCUUGGUGUUAGCUUGAAUGAUCGCCAGCAAGGACCAGCCUUGAUUAAGCUUGGAGACCCUCAAGAAUUGAUUCAAGCACGCGACCAGAAAAUUGCUGAAGAACAAGAAAAGGAAGCAAAGAAAUUGAAGGCGAAAGCCGACCAAGAUAAGAAAUAUGUUGAGCGCAUUAUGAAAGGCAAAGUAUCUCCUUCAGAAAUGUUCAAAUUAUUUGAGGAAUUUUUGUCGUUUGACGAAAGUGGCUUCCCUACAAAAGUCCGUGCAGAAGACGGUUCUGAAGCUGAAGUACCUAAGAGCCGGAAGAAGAAGUUACAAAAAGAAUACAGCGCCCAAGAGAAACUGCAUAAAGAGUACUUGGCCUACAUAGAAAAAAACCAGCAAGGUAAAAGUUAA